AUGGAGGACAACUCACUCGACGUACAAACACCAAUUCUCGAAAACAUGGUCGUGGGAGUUCCACCUGUGUUUCAGGGUUUGACGAAACAGCUUGAUAAGAUAGUCGAGCAGCCGUUGCUUGGUCCGAAGACAAGCUUUCCUGCAGCUUCCUUUACAUUCGCACGUAAAGAUGUGUCUGGGGUUCGAAAACCGCAGGCUAUUGCUCAUCGAGGUUACAAAGCCAAGUUCCCGGAAAACACAUUGGGGGCCUUCAAAGGAGCGGUAGAAGUAGGUGCAGAAGGUUUAGAGACAGACAUCCACCUGUCGAGGGAUGGUGUAGUCGUCCUGUCACAUGACAAGGAUCUGAAGCGCUGCUUUGGCCGGAAGGAGAAGAUCAUUGACUGCGACUAUGAGUUCCUGAGUAAACUGAGAACGCUGAAGGAGCCGCAUGAGUCGAUGCCACGCCUCGCUGACUUGCUCGAAUAUCUUGCACAGCCUGGAUUGGAAGACAUUUGGGUAAUGCUCGAUAUCAAGCUGGACAACAACGCCGAUGAUGUGAUGCGCUUGAUCGGUGACACGAUCCGGAGCGUGCAUCCUUCACCAUCUCGGCCGUGGCACCAGCGUAUCGUGCUUGGGUGCUGGGCGGCCAAGUACCUGCCACUGUGCUCGCGCUACCUGCCUGGCUUCCCUGUGUCCCACAUUGGUUUUUCCACGCUCAUUGCGUCGUACUUCUUCACUGUGCCGAAUGUGUCGUUCAAUAUGCAGCAAGGCGUGCUCAUGACACCAUGGGGCCGAUUCUUCAUCCGCAAAGCUCAGCGCGAUCAACGGCCGGUAUAUGCAUGGACGGUGAAUGACGAGUCAAGAAUGCGGUGGGAUAUCCGACAGGGACUUGAUGGGGUGGUUACGGAUGACCCGAAGCUGUUCCUGGAAGUGCGACGUGGAUGGCAUGAGGGAACGAAGGACAGGAUAAGCGUGAGGAUCUGGCUAGAUGUGCUGAGGAUCAACUUCUUUGCCUUGAUUUACACGGUUUUGUUUCGAAUCCUGUUUGGGUUCAGCGAUAAGGAGUCUGUCAAGGUGAAGCCGGCAGCGGAGGAAAUAAUCACGUUGCAGGCUGGCCAGUGCGGCAACAGCGUCGGCCAGCAGUUCUGGCAACAACUGUGUCAGGAGCAUGGCAUCAAUCAGGACGGCAACCUCGAGGACUUUGCGACAGAAGGCGGCGAUCGCAAAGAUGUCUUCUUCUACCAGUCUGACGACACGCGCUACAUUCCACGGGCCAUCCUGUUAGAUCUCGAGCCUAGAGUGCUCAACUCGAUACAGCAGAGCGCGUACAAGAACAUCUACAAUCCCGAAAACUUCUAUAUACACAAGGACGGUACCGGUGCAGGUAACAACUGGGGCAUGGGAUAUAGCAUGGGCGAGCAGGUGCACGAAGAUAUCUUGGAUAUGAUUGACAGAGAAGCCGACGGCUCCGACUCGUUGGAAGGCUUCAUGAUGCUGCAUUCGAUCGCUGGCGGCACUGGCUCUGGCCUCGGAUCGUAUAUGCUUGAGAGGUUGAACGACAGGUUCCCCAAGAAGCUCAUUCAAACCUACAGCGUGUUCCCAAAUACCCAUGACGGGGAUAUUGUUGUGCAGCCCUACAACAGUCUGCUGAGUAUGAGACGGUUGACGCAGAAUGCAGACUCUGUGGUCGUUCUCGACAACGGGGCUCUCUCGAAAAUCGCCGCAGACAGACUGCACGUCAUGAAUCCGUCUUUUGAACAGACAAACCAGCUCGUUUCGACCGUCAUGUCCGCAAGCACCACAACCCUUCGAUACCCAGGUUACAUGCACAACGAUCUAGUCGGCAUCGUAGCAUCGCUUAUUCCUACCCCUCGCUGUCACUUCUUAAUGACCUCCUACACACCUUUCUCCGGCGAGAACGUCGAGCAAGCGAAGACUGUACGCAAAACUACCGUAUUGGAUGUUAUGAGGAGGCUCUUGCAGCCUAAGAACCGCAUGGUUUCCACCAACCCAACGAAGAAGAGCUGCUACAUGUCGAUAUUGAACAUCAUACAAGGAGAAGCAGACCCUUCAGACGUACACAAAUCGCUAAUGCGCAUCCGUGAACGCCGCCUUGCAACUUUCAUUCCCUGGGGUCCCGCCUCCAUUCAAGUCGCUCUAACCAAAAAGUCGCCAUACGUCACCUCCUCACAUCGCGUCUCCGGCCUGAUGCUCGCAAAUCACACAGGAAUUGCUACCCUUUUCAAACGCAUAGUAGCGCAGUACUCGACCCUGAGAAAACGCAAUGCGUUCCUCGAGAGCUACAAGCGGGAAGCGCCCUUUAAAGAUGGUCUCGGCGAGUUUGACGAAGCUAAGGAAGUCGUCCAAGGCUUGAUCGAGGAGUAUGAAGAGGCGGAAGGUGCUGACUACCUUAGCAAGGAGACACCGCCCAACGAUGAGGUGGAGGAUAAGAGAGUCGGCUAA